AUUUCAUAAUAAGCUGUUUAAUCAAGAAGAUAUAAAUUUAACAAAUGAAGAUAUAGAAAAACAUUAUGGUGAUUAUAAAAUGCAAAAGGUUUUUGCCCAUGCGCAAAUAAUGGUAUUUAUAAGUCAUGUAGAAAUAUGGAGCAUAAAUUAUAAUAAUGCUAUAAAGAAUAAUAGUAGUACGAUCGAUUUAUUUACGUUUUCUUUUAUAAAUUUUCCAUGGUAUUUUGCAUUACCACCAAUUAUAGCUUUUACAAUGAUCAGAGGA